GUUCCGACUGGCGGCCACAAGUUGUCAACCUGUGCUUCCAUCUUUCAUGCAUAUAUGCGUAGUUGAAUAAACGUUCAUUUCGUGUGUGGAGGCAGGACAAAGGGAAAUGUCGGCUCACAAAACGUUCAUUAUCAAGCGAAAGCUUGCUAAAAAGUUGAAGCAAAACAGGCCAAUCCCGCAAUGGGUUAGAAUGCGCACUGGCAAUACUAUUCGGUACAAUGCAAAGAGGCGUCAUUGGAGGAGAACAAAAUUGAAGCUGUAAAUUAAUUUUAGUUUAUGUUUGCUUCAAUUUUGCAUUAAUGUAUAUUAAGCAUUCAUUCUUAAAUAAAUUUAAACCUUAAUAUGCAAA